AUGCCCUCCCAAGUUUACGAUUCUGUGGAGUCCGCCUGCCCUCUCUGCUCCUCCGCCUCGCCCCUAGCCUGCGCUUGCUGGAACGACUCAUUCCGGAAGCGGCUGCUCUUCGCCGACGCAAUCUUGAGAGAGACCUUCCUCUUGUACCGAGAGGUGACUUUCGAGAGAAAUCUCGCGGGAACGCUGUGGAUGAGGGAAGAUGCGAGAGGAAAGACAUUUGCGAUAUCGAUGCUCCUCGCUGGAUAUCCAACGGAACUUGGCGUAGACACGUACCCCCUGCCGAAAGGUUUUGAAGAGCCGGACUACGUACUCGAGAGAAGGGCUGCGCUCUGCGCCUGGCAAUGCGACCAUGCCGUCGCACUCUUGGGACCUUCUGUGACCUCCUUGCUCGGCGACGACCUGGUGGACGUCAAAGAAGUGCUGGUAAAGGGGGAUGAAAAGUGGAUUCCGGGAGAUGCUUGGACGUACGACGAUACCACCUGUGACCAGGAGUCGACGUUUCAUAAAGUACUGCGAGUUACGGACAAGAAUGGCGAAGUCUACUAUCUGGACUAUUCUUGCUAUCAAUUCGGACGCUCGCAGACUUUAAUGACGAAGAUGUUCUUUGAACGGUGCGGAUUCGACAUUCUGGAAGUUCGCGAUGUCGGGAGCACUCUCAAGGACGAUGGCCACAAAUGGAUUCACGACGUCAAGGACCUCUUUGUGGGCUUCAUCGUUGACUACUUCUGCGAAAAGCCCUGGGACUUGCUUUCUCUGGUUGAUUUUGAAGUCAAUCUAGAGGACGUCAUGUACCAGUUUUCCGUAGAUGUAGAGAAGUUGUUGCGUCAACACAAGUCGGCGAGAGAGAGUGGGCGAGUACUUCGUAGGUAA